AUGAAGUUUUUUAAGUUAGUUAGUUUCACCGUAUUGAGUGUUUUAAGCUGUCUUUGCGUUGCUAUAUCUGCUAAUAGUAGUGAGAAUGUAGAACAGAACCAAGAUGUUGCUGAUGCCGUAGCGCCGCCUUCAAUCAACAUGGAAGUGAAGUAUGAUGUUACUGGGAAGGAAUCAGAUGGUUUAGAUACUCUCCUUGAAUUUUACGCUCGGGAUACCGCUACUUUGGCCUAUAAUGUCACCAAUUUGGAAGAUUCUAACAUCACAAUUGUAGGUGUCGCCGGAACAAUUGUCACGUAUCCACAUGGAUAUCCUGUUGCAAACGUUACCUAUGCUGAUGCAGGGCCUUAUGAAAUGAAAGUUAACGGAACAUCAAGCUUUGGACAAGACGUUACGCUAGAUUUACCUGAAGGACAAUACUUUUUGAUUCCGUUUUUGUUUGCGUCUAAAUCUGAUGAAAUGAUGAGAGUUGCAGCACCACCAACUCUUUUUGAAAUUAUCAGCCCACCAAUUUCCUUUUUUAACCCACAGUUUUUAUCCGUUCAGAUCAUUUUUUUGGUCAUAGUUGGUGGUUUAAGUUAUUGCUACAUGAAGUCUAAAACAAAUCAAAGACCUAUUAAAAAGAGGGUUGCUGCCAAGAAAGCUGAUGAGUCAUGGUUGCCAGAAACAUACAAGAAAUAA